AUGAACACCUUCGGAGCUCGGUACCUAGUCUUACACCCGGGCGCCUGUCUCAAAGCUGGUCCUCAGACCGGCAUCCGCCAACUCGUCAAGACGCUCCAAGCGGUGCUAGCUAAUUCGGAAAAAGUCACCAUUUUGCUCGAAACAAUGGCCGGCAAAGGAACCGAGAUCGGCACUAACUUCAAACAACUCCGGCAAAUUCUUGACCUAGUCAACCACCCGCGGCUAGGAAUUUGCUUCGAUACUUGUCACGUUUGGGACAGCGGCGUUGACAUUCAAAACGUGGACAAAUUAGUCCGUGAACUGCAAGACCUAAAACUGAUCGAUAAAAUCGCGGUUUUUCACGUUAACGAUUCCAAAAACGGACUCGGGUCGCAUAAAGACCGCCAUGCUAACCUUGGACAAGGACAAAUCGGGCUCCCAACUUUGCGGGAAAUAGUUUGA